AAGGCCUGUCGCAGAUGCAUCCCAGAAGCCGGGCCGCACUUCCGGAAGCUUGUCUAUCGCCAAAGUGGGCCCCAACAGAGUCCCCAUGGCUGAGACGGAGGCCCCAGCCCAGUCACUGUCGUGGCUCCAGAGAGCCAGCGGAUGCAAGACCAGUGGCGACGUCGUGUCACACCCUCAAGUCGUGUGCGCCGCUGGGCACCCACCAUCUGAGGAGUCUGCCAGGCACCAGGCAGGGGCCAGUGGGUGACAGGGUGUUGUCAGCAAGACGUCCCCAGACAUCUCCUCUUCACAGUGGAAGAAAAGCAGCUUCCUUGGGAUGGAAUCAGGGUCCAGUGUCCUUUGAGGAUGUGGCUGUGUUUUUCACAAAGGAGGAAUGGGCUCUGCUGGAUCCCGAUCAGAGAGCUCUGCAUAAGGAAGUCAUGGAAGAGAAUUGUGGGAGCGUGGCCUCUCUCGAAGGUAACAAAUUGGAAACCAAGAAUAAAGGAGACAAUGACAAAACCCACAAGGCGGGGAAGCUCUAUAAAUAUUUGGAGAAUGGAGAAAGCUUCAGUCGGAAGCCCAGUCAAAUAACUGACAGAGGGGAGAAAUCAUAUCAGUGCUUGGAAUGUGGAAAGACCUUUCAUCGGAAUGACCACCUCACUUCCCAUCGAAGAAUUCACACAGGGGAGAAACCAUAUCAGUGCUUGGAAUGUGGAAAGACCUUUCGUCGGAAUGACCAUCUCACUUCCCAUCGAAGAAUUCACAAAGGGGAGAAAUCAUAUCAGUGCUUGGAAUGUGGAAGGAUCUUUCGCAGUGGCAUCAUCACCAAGGGUUCUGGAGGACACACGCAUGUGCCCAUUCAGACGUGCAAUGCCUGUGAGACGGAGAGGAUCGUUUGA